GUCACUGCAGCAAUUAGCCUGGGCCACCGCCCUGUGACUGGUCACAUCUCCGCAGCUAACUUUUUUUUGCCCGCCGAAGACGAGUCGCGACCUCCGCGUUUCCAAACGAACUCCGCCGAAUAGAAAACCUCCUUCGUCCCUUCCCAUGCUAUUGCGGCAUUCCCGAUGCGAGGAUGCCUGCAGUUAGCCAGAUGGCUGAGCGCGGCUCCAAGAUGGCCUGCGUCCAGCCUUCUUAAGGCGCCCUCCUCCGGCUCUCCUUCCUACGCAGCUCGAUUCUUCACCACUACAUCCGCCUAUUAUGCGUCAAGAGGGACACCGAACAAGUCCAUGUCCGAUUUAGAGGCACGGAUAUCACAGAUACCUAUUGAGCGAUAUCGCAACUUCUGUAUCGUCGCCCACGUCGAUCAUGGCAAGAGCACGCUCUCCGACCGACUUCUGGAACUCACCGGCACGAUCCAACCGGGCAUGAACAAGCAGGUCUUGGAUAAGCUCGAUGUUGAACGGGAGCGAGGAAUCACAGUGAAGGCACAGACAUGUUCGAUGAUCUACAACCACCAAGGAGAGGAUUAUCUGCUGCAUCUUAUUGAUACACCCGGACACGUCGACUUCCGCGCGGAAGUGUCGCGGAGUUAUGCGAGUUGCGGAGGGGCUUUGCUCUUGGUUGAUGCCAGUCAGGGGGUUCAAGCACAGACUGUUGCGAAUUUCUACCUUGCCUUUUCUCAAGGUUUGGAAUUGAUCCCUGUCAUCAACAAGGUUGAUCUGCCAUCAGCUGAUCCGAAACGCGCCCUCGAACAAAUGGAGCAGUCAUUCGAACUCAACACGGAAGAUGCGGUGAUGGUUUCGGCCAAGACAGGGCUCAAUGUGGAACAAUUGCUCCCUACUGUGGUAGAGAAGAUUCCUGCGCCUGUCGGCGAUACAAAGAAGCCCCUACGGAUGCUACUUGUCGACUCGUGGUACGAUUCAUACAAAGGUGUUAUUUGCUUGGUCCGCAUAUUCGACGGCGAAAUUCGUGCGGGUCAACAAGUCGUCUCGUUCGCAACUGGUAUCAAGUAUUAUGUCGGAGAAGUCGGUAUCCAAUACCCCAACGAAACACCACAGACUGUUCUUCGUGCCGGACAAGUCGGGUAUAUCUACUUCAACCCCGGCAUGAAGCGAAGCAAGGAGGCCAAAAUUGGGGACACUUACACGACGGUGGGAUCCGAGAAGGCCGUGGAGCCGUUGCCUGGAUUCGAGGAGCCGAAGGCAAUGGUCUUCGUCGCUGCUUACCCUGUGGACGCAGAUCACUUUGAGCAUCUAGAAGACAGCAUCAAUCAGCUUGUCCUCAAUGACCGAAGUAUCACCGUACAAAAGGAGUCCUCAGAGGCUCUUGGAGCUGGAUUUCGACUAGGAUUCUUGGGAACACUACAUUGCUCGGUUUUUGAGGAUCGUCUUCGCCAGGAGCACGGAGCUAGCAUCAUUAUUACUCCGCCGUCAGUUCCCGUAAAGGUUAUCUACAAAGACGGGAAGGAAGAAAUCAUCAACAGCCCCAAUAAAUUCCCGGACGAGGACGACGUGCGCAUGAAGGUAGCCGAACUGCAAGAGCCUUAUGUCACGGCUACACUGACCUUCCCGGAUGAGUAUCUCGGAAAAGUUAUUGAACUCUGCGAAGCCAAUCGAGGCGAGCAAAAGAGCUUGGAGUACUUCACAUCGACACAGGUUAUAUUAAAGUACGAGUUGCCUAUGGCGCAACUAGUUGACGACUUCUUCGGCAAACUCAAGGGGUCUACGAAGGGAUACGCAUCCCUGGAUUACGAGGAGUCCGCGUGGCAGCAAAGUAACAUCGUCAAGCUGCAGCUGCUCGUCAACAAAGCUCCAGUGGAUGCUGUUGCUCGACUGGUGCACUACAGCCAAGUGGAAAGACUGGGAAGACAGUGGGUGACCAAGUUCAAGAACCACGUUGACAGACAGCUCUUUGAAGUCGUUAUCCAAGCCGCCGUCGGCCGCAAGGUCGUGGCGCGCGAAACCGUCAAGCCGUACCGGAAGGACGUCUUGGCGAAGCUUCAUGCUAGCGAUGUCAGUCGCCGGAGAAAACUGUUGGAGAAACAAAAGGAGGGACGGAAGCGACUCCGCGCAGUGGGAAAUGUAGUGAUUGAGCAUCAGGCGUUCCAAGCAUUCCUGGCGAAAUAGCGAGUUGCCGGUGCAGUGUAUUAUAUAGACAUUUCUGAUCUGUACAUUAUCUGCUUCUCUACUAUAUACCAGUAUUUUUUUCCCUUUCAAUGUUAUCUUCAAUUUUCCAGAGCAGUCGAAGUAGACUCCUUGGGCUGUCGCUGAUUGGACGGAAUGAGGGGAAGCUCUUUCGGCGCGCGAAAAAAGUUUC